CCGUCAGAGCCCUCGCAGACUUUGAUUACCCACUAUAGAACGGGUAAUAUCUAGAUCACCAUGGCAACUGGACAGAAGUUGAUGAGAGCUAUUAGAGUUUUUGAAUUUGGUGGACCAGAAGUGCUGAAACUCCUGUCGGAUGUUGCAGUGCCAAUUCCAAAAGACCGUCAGGUUCUAAUCAAAGUCCACGCAUGUGGUGUCAACCCAGUGGAGACAUAUAUUCGCUCUGGCACUCACAAUAUAAAACCACUCUUACCCUAUACUCCUGGUUCAGAUGUGGCUGGGGUAAUAGAAGCUGUUGGAGAUAAUGUAUCUGCUUUCAAGAAAGGUGACCGAGUGUUCACUACCAAAACGAUCUCUGGGGGCUAUGCCGAGUACGCUCUUGCAGCAGAUCACACCGUUUACCCACUGCCAGAAAGACUGGACUUUAAACAAGGAGCCGCCAUCGGUAUCCCAUAUUUUACUGCGUAUCGAGCUCUGUUCCACAGAGCCCAUGUGAAAGCUGGAGAAACUGUUCUGGUUCACGGGGCUAGUGGAGGAGUUGGACUAGCGACAUGCCAAAUUGCUAGAGCUUAUGGCUUAAAGGUUUUGGGCACAGCUGGUACUGAGGAAGGACGAAACAUUGUUUUACAAAAUGGAGCCCAUGAAGUGUUUAAUCACAGAGAAGUUAAUUAUAUUGAUAAAAUUAAGAAAUCUGUUGGUGAAAAAGGAAUCAAUGUGAUUAUUGAAAUGUUAGCCAAUGUAAAUCUCAGUAAUGAUUUGAAUCUUCUGUCACGUGGAGGACGAGUAAUAGUUGUUGGCAGCAGAGGUCCUAUUGAAAUAAACCCACGGGACACCAUGGUAAAGGAAUCUAGUAUAAUUGGAGUUACUCUCUAUUCAUCAACCAAGGAGGAAUUUCAGCAGUUCGCAGCAGCCCUUCAAGCUGGGAUGGAAGUCGGUUGGUUGACACCUGUAAUAGGUUCUCAGUAUCCAUUGGAGAAGGUGGCCCAGGCUCAUGAAGAUAUCAUUCACAGCAGUGGGGCUACUGGAAAGAUGAUUCUUCUCUUAUCAUGAUUAAUUCUUACAUGUAUUUCCCAGUAAUUAGAGGUUUCUUACCCCAGUUUUCCUUACACUAUCUUUGCUUUAUUUAGCAUUCAUUUGAUUCAGUGAAUUUCUUGUAUUAAAAACCAAGAUUUGGCUUUAGAGAU